AUGAGUGGUCAAGAUGCAAUCAGCCGUCUACCAGAUGAGGUUCUUGCGUGCAUCUUAUCAUCCCUCACAACAAAACAGGCAGCUUCAACGUCAGUGCUGUCGAAGAGAUGGAGGAAUGUUUUUGCUUUCGUUAACAAUCUCGACCUCGAUGACCGUGAUUCUGUGCGUACGUUAGCACGACAUCGGCGUGAAAAUUCCAAGAGGUUCAAGGCCUUCGUUUCGAGCUUUCUUGAUACGCAAGGCAGUUCGAAGUUUAUAAAGAAGUUCACUUUAAAGAUUCAUGUUAACGUUCAAAAUCGAUAUGGUCUUGAUCCAGCUUGUGUUGAGAGCUGGAUAUGCAAUGUUCUUGACCGUGGUGUUGUGGAUCUUGAUCUGUCCAUCAUAACUUUCCAAGGAAAAUCUCCACCAGUGCUUACGUUGGACGUGAUGAGAAAGACAUUGGUUAAGCUGAGCCUGAACCUAGGGCGUUGUUUUAUCGUUAAGCUUCCUCAGGAUAUUUCUCUUCCUUUGCUUAGGACAUUAUGUCUUAACUCAGUUGGUUUUGAUAGAGAUUGUGAUGUCGUUGGAACACUUCUAUCUCGUUGCCCUUUCUUGGAAGAAAUUUAUUUUGAGGAAUCAAACUCUAAGAAGCCCUCUCUUCCUGUACAAAUACAAUGGUCGUCUUCAUCUCUAAAGAGACUAAGCAUCCGGUUUAAUGAUUUCGUAAAGAUUUCAUUUGAUUUUCCUAAUCUUGUCUUCUUCGAGCUUUCGUAUGAAUCUGGGAGCGAGUUUCUAAAUGUGAACUUGGAUUCUCUCAUUGAAGCCAGACUCAAUCAUCGGUGUCCCACACGGGGAUAUGAUUAUUCUCACGUUAAUUUGAUACAUCUCAUCAAUGGAAUCAGUAACGUUAGGACUCUUCACUUAUGUAGUCUUUUUCUUGAUGAGAUGAUUUUCACCUUCUACUUCACCUUCAAUGAAAUAUUACCGAUGUUUCAUAACCUUGUUUGUCUAUCUAUCGAGAGCAAAAAGAGCCGUGGAUGGAAAAUACUGCCACAUAUAAUUAGAAACUCUCCAAAUCUAGAAACUCUCAUCUUCAAGGGUCUAAAGCACCGUUGUGAUGUAUGUUCUGGGGAUGUAUGUGAUUGCUAUCUCUCCAGCAGGAGAAACAGACCGUCUUGCCUAACAGCAUCCCGAGUUAAAGUGCUGGAGAUAUUAGAUUACAGAGUAUAUUGCAGAAGUGAUGAGAGUCAACUGAAGCAUUUCUUGGCGAAAUUAACCUGUCUUGAAGUUGUCAAAUUAAGUGCAAGUAACCUCGACAUGCCUCCCACUGGUUGGCACAAGAGUUUAAGGACGAUUCCAAGAGCUUCACGAAACUGCAAGUUCCAAGUCAUUCCUUGA